AAAGUAAUCACCAAUUUGUUAUUAUUGUUUGUUAUUUUCCUUAAUCAAUUGACCAAAAAAAAAAUCCCACAACUUAAUUUCACCAUUCUUUUUGAUGUUCUCUGUAUUACAAUUGUCAGAGAAGUUUUCUGGAUGAUCUUUCCUCUAAAGUUUAAAGCUUUUUUUGGUCAAUUCUUUUAAAGUUUUGAUUUUUUUUUGGUUAAUUCUUUAAAGUUUCUUUCUUUCUUAAAGAGGGAUCAUUAUGAUGAUGAUGAUGAUGAUCUGAUCUGUACAUAAGAGAAUUAAAGAACACCAACAACAACAAAAACAGAGGAAGAAAAUAAAAACCAAAUUUUUCUUGUUGCAAUCAUUUGAAAUUAAAUUCAAUUCUUCGAUUCUUCCGAGCUGGUUCUCGAAUUGGGUUUGCUGCAAAUUGUGAAUCCAAUAAAAUUUGUUCGUGUUGUUGUGUUGAUGGUGAUUUGUUAGGGUUGAUCCGAUCAAAAUUUCAAUUUUGUAUCGUAAAACGAUGAGGUUUCUAAGCCUCGUCGGAAACUCAUUCGGUUGUUCUGCGUCCGGCGAACGCUUAGUAUCAGCGGCCAGAGACGGUGAUUUACAGGAAGCUAAAGCUCUCUUAGAUUACAAUCCAAGACUCGCUCGUUACUCUACUUUUGGCGUUCGUAACUCUCCUCUUCAUUACUCCGCCGCUCAAGGCCACCACGAGAUAGUUUCUCUGUUGGUGGAAUCAGGAGUUGAUAUUAAUCUCCGGAACUACCGUGGACAGACGGCUUUGAUGCAAGCUUGUCAACAUGGUCAUUGGGAGGUUGUUUUGAUUCUGAUUCUUUUUGGUGCUAAUAUUCACAGAUCAGAUUACUUAAAUGGUGGUACUGCUUUACACCUUGCGGCUUUAAAUGGUCACCCUCGGUGUAUCAGGAUCUUGCUUUCGGAGUAUAUACCAAGUGUUCCUAAUUGCUGGAGCCUUUUAAAGAAUAAGAAAACUUCAGUUGCUGGAUUCGAUUCUAGUGUUCUUCACGAAGUGAUCAACAGAGCAGCAGAUGGUGGAAUCACACCUCUUCAUGUGGCGGCUUUGAACGGACAUAUAGAGACGGUGCAGUUACUCUUGGAUUUGGGAGCUUCGGUUACUCAGGUCACUGUGGAAGAUGGAACUACUAUAGAUCUUAUAGGUGCUGGGAGUACAGCUCUCCAUUAUGCUUCAUGUGGUGGAAACACGCAGUGUUGCCAGCUUUUGAUCAGUAAGGGUGCUUGUUUAGCUGCCGUAAACUCCAACGGAUGGACACCAAUGAUGGUAGCUCGUUCAUGGCACCGAAACUGGCUGGAAGAAAUCCUGAACCCAACAACAGAACAACCACAACUCCAUUUGCCAAAUGUCCCCUCUCCUUUCCUCUGCCUUCCUUUAAUGAGCAUUGUCAAUAUUGCUCAAGAAUGCGGCUGGCGAGAAAACGAUUGUCUGACUCCAUGUCGUGACCCUUGUGCCGUUUGUUUGGAAAGAAAAUGCACUGUGGCAGCAGAUGGAUGUGCUCAUGAGUUCUGCACAAACUGUGCAUUAUACCUAAGCACCACAAGCAUAACAUCGUCAAAGACCUCAAACGUCACACCAGGCUCUGUCCCGUGUCCUCUCUGUCGCAAUGGCAUUGUAUCUUUCACCAAACUUCCCCAUACAACGGCAACAACAAGAACAUCAACAUCAUCAAGAACAAGCAUCUCCUUGUCCUUCUGCACUUGCUCCUCUGAUGUCUUAGACACAGCUCUCCUAACUAACCCUCACUACAGUUGUAAACCGGUUGUGUCAAGAACGGGUUCUCGAACUCCACAAUCCGCUAGAUCAUCAGCGUUUCGGUCUCUUAGCUGCCGCCGGUUUCCUCCAAGUCUCUGCCUUGGUGGCUCAGAUGUUGAUGAACCUCGAAGCCGGUUAAUUGGUGGAUCAUAUUCAAGAUCCGGUGUAGGAUUCAGGCGAUCAACGUCGCAGGUUGAAGGGAAACGUUCUUGGUUUUCUGCACUUAACCAUUGUGUUACAACCGGUGGAAGUGCUUGCUAACUCAAACUCAAUCCUCUUUUUUUUCACCUUUUUUAUAAAAUUUUUGAUCCCAGUUUUUUUGGGAUUAAAAAUGUGCUAAUUGAUUCUGUGAAUGGUGUGGUGAUUAUUCAUUUUGUAAUAAGUGAAAAUGUUGUAAUACAAAUAAUUAAUUUGGCCUUGCCAUUACAUUGAAAUGGUGUGUAUAUAAAAUUAUGUUUGAGAGUG